AUGCCUGCACCUCUAUUGAAUGAAUACAAGGCCGAGUUUUCAAAACGCCGUUUCGUUGAAACUCUGAGCGGCGGGCCAUCUCUUCCCCCCAAAAAAACUCGAGCUGUAUAUACUAUCCUGGUUACUGUUAUAUCUUUCGUCACCCUAUUUAUACCGUUUGUUGGAGGCGCAAUAGUAUUAGCUGUUGCUGGCAAUGUAGGCUGCACUCUCGGCGCGUUUCCAAAUAUAAUCUAUGGAGUCAUAAUUAUGCUGGUAGACUGGGCCUUGCAUGCACUGGUCAUAUACAGCAACAAAGUUGACGGUGUUGAAAAAUACAAAGAUUUGGGAGUUUUUAAAGGCUGCGAUAUUGGAUCGGACGAUAAACUAAGUCUAGUCGGUCCACCUGUUCGCUCCGCAUUUAACUUUGUAUUCAACCACUCGCGAUCACAAGUCGAUAGAAAAAUAUAUAUUCGAGCCAUCAAAGGAGUUGUUUCUGGAAUUUUAUCAAGCAUUGUACUUGCGUAUCUUGCACCUUCAAAACUAGAAUCCAGAUAUCACACAGAGGAUACAUACCAAAUAGAUGAUUUCUCAAGAGCAGCUCACAUAGCUAUUCUAUUGAUAUUAUGGGCAAUAGAGACAUUUGCUCUGCCAACUUUAAAAAUUUCCAUUGGCGUUGGAGUCUUUUUUGUACUUCUUCCAAUACUGUGGACAUUGGGAAUAUUGCCAUCUACACGCAUUCUUGUCAUUAAAGUACUGGAACUGGCAAGUUUACUCAAGAUUGAAAUCAGUCACUUUCGAAAAUUUGAUGAUAGUCGAGGACAUACAUAUAUUCUAGGAGGUCCAUCACUGGUUAAUACGCAGCGAAUGAUAAUGACUCUAUUUCUUUGUUCAUUUCCAAUUGCGAUAUCCAUAGUAGUGUGCGUGCACUUUGGAUUGUACAAUGCAGCAGUAUUGGUUGCAUCUAUUGGUGGAUGCAGUUUGGCGAGCCGCGUAUGGAUAGAUUUGAUAUUUAAUUUGAAAGCUGCUACGCUAAAGCUGCCUUUGCUUGAGUCGACAUUUAGUGCAGGAUCCAAUUUGGAUCUAUUACUUGGAUUGACAGCAGGAAUUGUGGUGGUUAUUCUUGUUACAUCCCCAACUAUGCCACUCACUCACACACACCAACUCACAAUGCCGUUUUUUUGGGCAGUAUGCACAUGUCUGGGAGUUUUAAAACUAACAAGAGAAUUUCAGCAAGUAUAUAUCCCAUCCAUUUAUCCAAUUCUACGGAACCCACUUUGCGUAUUCCCCAUCAUCAAUCCGAUCGUAUGCGCUCUAGGCUCCAUUCAUCUUCUGAUAUACCACCUAACCCCACUAGCAAAUUUGGCAUGGAUUUCUACAGGAUAUAUUGCCAUGCCAUAUAUGUCUAAUUCAAAUGUUCAAAUUCUAGCAGCCAAUUUUGGAUCACUCGAUUGGAUCUGGGCAGCAUUGAUGAUGUCAAGAUGUUUCGUACUAGCGUGGCAUAGGGCCGAAGAAACUGCAUUUGAUAUUGCUGUAAUUGAAACCAUUAAUGCUAUUAUUAGUGCUAAUUCCUCUACAGGAACAUGCAAUGGGGAAAACAUGUCUGGAUUCGGUGCGUGGUGGUGUGCACUUGAACUCGGAACUCGAUUACUUGCAAUAAGCUUUAUUCGGGAAACAGUUACUCGCAUCCGAUUCAAAACAACAUUUUGGUUGAUUGGUGUCAAACACUUUCUGUUGAACAGAAAACAGCGACACGAAAACUGGAUGUUUAUGAUUAUUCCAAUCGUCAUCAUAUCGCCAAUUUCAAUUGUUAUUGGCGCAGUGCUAGACACACCAACAUUGAGCUUUCUUGGAAUCCCAUUACUGGUUAUGGGAUUUUUGAGACCAACCCGAAUGUGGCCUGAUAUCAACCACGAAUACAGUUCUGGCCAGGAUGCCAAGCUUUACUCGGCAAUGAUGCCAUCACUUAUGAAAUCAAUAUCCAAGCUGAUAUCAACUGGACGAAUUCCUCCAAUUUAUCCAGGAAAUGUUCUUUUGGCAAGAAUCGAUUCGAGAUUGUUGCUGCUACGUGGUGCUGAAACCUGGUUUGAGGGUGUAUCUGUCAUUAUUACUGGCACUGAGCUUGAACCAACGAGCUGUCACGCGCUUGAAGGUACCGAGGUUGAUACUGUUUUAAAUAACGGUCUCUUUGUUGAUGCAUCUCAAAAAACUGUUUGGCUAAAUCACACAAUAAUGCAUACUCUUUUGCCUGUAGGGUCUGCAACAGCUACUUCGUAUGUGGAAACAAAAGUGGUGACAACUGGGAUAUUGGAUAGACCGGAUACGAUUCAAGCGUUCCCACCGCUCCUUUUUAAAAUACUGGUAUUUUGUCUUUUGCAUACAAUGGACCUUGACAAUCUUACAGCAUAUCGCGAUAUACCAGUUUCAAAACAACUCUUACAGGCUUCAUGGAAGUACUUUCCACUUGAUUGGUUCGAGUUUCUCAAACAGAGUAAUAGUUUUACUCUUUAUCAUAGCAAAUUCAAUCUACAAACGACCCAAAUUGACUGCGAUGAGUUUGAUCAGAUCUUUAUCUCACUUUGCAUUGGCUGCUACAUUAUACUCCUCGGUCAAAAUAUUUCAAACAUUGACACGUAUACUACAAACACAACCAGUAUAUUUGACAUGUAUUUGGGGAAUGUUGCAUACUCGUUGAAUAUGACCUGUCGUACAUGGUGGACACACCAGCUGCGCACACCCUUACGCAAAGUAUGCAUACAAGCAUUGCGGUACACGGUCAAGAUAUUGUUUGAUCAGGCUGUUGAUGAACAGCAAGUCAAUGAGUAUACUGAACUGGAAAUGCUACUUCACAGUAUAGUGUGCGAUUGGAUCGUAACAGUCGAUACCACCAAGCAAAAGGUAGUUUUGACCGAUCCUACAGAACCGCUGAAAGCAUGGUCCAAAGGAUUAAAAAUGGGAGUUCCCAAUUUGUUUGCCAUGUUUAAACCAAUUGGUGGUCCUCUGUCAAUCCGUAUGCUUCAAAAACGAUCAAAAUGUGCUGUUCAACUCGGUAUGAUCAAUGGCGAAGCAGUUCGUGGGAUCUGGGCAAAUCUGGUAUUUGAAUUGCUCUAUUUAACCAACGACGACGACGAGAGGUAUAGUAUUCAGGCACACGAGUUAUUGUUACGAAAUUUGACAGUCCAGUCAGCACCUCCGCCAUUUGGAUAUCCCCUAUGGGUAUCAGCAGCUCGAUUGAGCAGAUCUGGACUUGGAGGCUGGGCAGAAUGGUAUCUUAAUCGGAAACAAGCACGAGUGGUAUAUAAUGACUCCAAUAUAGGUGAUGCUGGCUCCUUUCAACAGUUAUCAUGUAUGACGGAAUUGGCCAGUACAAUACACAUUAGUUCUGAUAGUAGACAAAAAAAGGUUCAUCCAGAAUAG